AUGGACACCACACUCUACAGUGACGCCAAGCCGAAUCCCACGGUACCUGACCCUGUCGUCGCUACCCUCAGGCUCCCAGAGUUUUGGCAGGCGGACUCUGAACUCUGGUUUCUGAACGUCGAGCCACUCUUUCGACGACACCACGUAAGGUCGCAAAUAGCGAGGUACGAUUACGUCAUCGGCGCUUUACCGCUUGCUUUUAUCGCCAUCGUAAGAGACAUUCUGCGUUUUCCACCUCCUGACAAUACCGACGACACCCUUAAAGAGGAGCUCAUACGCCAGACAACUGAGUCGGAACAGCGUAGGCUGCAGCAGCUACCCACUUCGGAAGAACUCGGUGACCGAACGCCUACGCAGCUUCUGCAUCGCAUGCGACACCUGAUCGGGGACUACUCUGCUGCAUUGGACGCAUCCAUCCUACGCGAACUCUUCUUACACCGACUGCCACAGCAGGUGCGGAUGAUAUGGAGUGUAUUGUCUACAGAAACUCUCGACUCGCUAGCGCGGAUGACCGACAAGAAUAUGGAUAUCGGUACGCCGUCUAUAUCUGCGAUCGAGAAACCACGUGAAUCUACACUCUCUGCACCGGUACGCGACGACUGCUUGGACCGCCUUCUUCAAGCUAACGAGGAGCAGAAGCGCAAGGUGGAUCAGUUGGCCAUUGAACUUAGCACGCUCAAGGUAGACCACUGCCGCAAUGAGUCACGGGAACGGCGCCAAAGCCGCGAAAGAUCGCCAAGUGUGCCUCUCAGCGUCUGCUGGUACCACCACCGAUAUGGAGCUCGAGCUCGUCAGUGCGAACAGCGAUGCCAGUCUGCGGGAAACACACGGGCCACGCACUGA